UCGCAUUUUCGCAUCCAAUCCCAAAACCAGCGGAGAAGAGAGCAGCCGCGGAGAAGGAAGAAGCCGCCAUGGUCAACGGGCUCCCGACCCCUCCCUGCGGCCUCCUCACCGCCGACGCCGCUCGAUCCCUCGUCGAUUCCGUCGACGCCUUCCUCUUCGAUUGCGAUGGUGUCAUUUGGAAGGGGGAUAAGCUCAUUGAAGGGGUCCCCGAGACGAUGGAGCUGCUGCGGAAAAUGGGAAAGAAAUUAGUUUUUGUAACAAACAACUCUAGAAAGUCAAGAAGGCAGUACUCAAAGAAAUUCAGAUCACUGGGACUUGAAGUUACUGAGGAAGAGAUUUUUACAUCAUCAUUUGCGGCAGCCAUGUUCUUAAAGUUAAAUAAUUUUCCUCCAGAAAAGAAGGUUUAUGUUGUUGGAGAAGACGGAAUUUUGGAAGAGCUCAAGUUAGCUGGUUUUGAAUGUUUUGGUGGUCCGGAGGAUGGCAAGAAAAACAUAAAGUUGGAGGCAGACUUCUACUUUGAACAUGACAAAAGUGUUGGAGCUGUUGUUGUUGGACUUGAUCAGUACUUCAAUUAUUACAAAAUGCAGUAUGCAAGAAUAUGUAUCAGUGAGAAUCCAGGCUGCCUUUUCAUUGCGACCAAUCGUGAUCCAACUGGACAUAUGACAUCUGCCCAAGAAUGGCCAGGAGCUGGAACUAUGGUUGCUGCAGUAAGUUGUUCAGUACAGAAAGAGCCCAUUGUUGUUGGAAAACCUUCAACCUUUUUGAUGGACUUCCUUUUGAAAAGCUUCAGUCUGGAAACAUCAAGGAUGUGCAUGGUGGGUGAUAGACUGGACACCGACAUACUAUUUGGCCAGAGUACUGGUUGCAAGACCCUCCUUGUUUUGUCUGGUUGUACUUCCUUACCAGAACUGCAGGACGCUUCGAAUAACAUCUAUCCGGAUCUCUACACAAAUAGCGUGUAUGAUCUCGUUGAGUUAUUGCAGAAAUAAUUUCUCGGCCAAGGCAAUCGCAGUGGCAGGGAGUUCUGACUAUAUUAUCACAAAUUCACAAUCCCACGACGCUUUGGAUAGUGCCAGUUGGGAAUUACUACGUGAACAGCAUGCACAAAUCAAAUGGGCCAUGGAAAGUUGGAAACAACAUUUAUAUUCUUUUGGGUACCUAUUUCAUAGCAACCCAGGACUGCAUAUUAAUUGAAGUAAACUCCAGUCCUUCCAUUUCAAGUUAAGACAGCUUCACAACCUCAUAAAUGUACCAUGGAAUCUGUUAACGCUUCAAAUUUGGCAGUGGGACUGCAUUUGCCGGUCUUGAAAAUAUAGACAGCGGUAAUUGCACUGAAUUGAGAUUGUGGCAACUGAAUUGCAAUGAAUUUAAUCUUGAUGCAAUGUGCUCUCGACGUUAAAAGUUCUAUAAGGAGUUCUGUAAGGCUAUUGACAAGGGGUGAUUUACAUACUUAUUUCAAAUACUUACA